AUUUUCUGCAGUCAUCUGUUCUGAAUUACAGUGGCUUCAGGGAGCUCUUUGGCUGGUUUCCACCACAAGCAGCCAGCUCCCAAACCUACGCAACUGGGAGGUGGGGCCUCGUGGUGGUAGUGGCUGGAGCUCCGCGCAUCACUCUCAGAGAACCUGGCCGAAGGGACGUGCAGCCACCACCCUCUGCUCCUGCUCUGCUGGGGACAGGCUGCCCCUUGCUCUGCCAGUGCCCUUUAUGCUGCCUUGCACUGUAGCUCCUCCAAACAAGAUGCCUCUCAACUAAGUCUUGGCAUCUUUGGCUGUUAAAACACACCAGCAGGGGAGGGCUGUGUCCAGUCAUCGCUUUUACAGCUGAAGUGGUGGGUGCAUCGUGAUGACAGCGAAGAAGAAUCAGGCUCUGCCAAAUGGAAGUGCCAAGGAGAACGUGCUGCAGAGGGUCCUGCAGCUGCCAGUGGUGAGCUCGACCUGUGAAACCCUUCAACGGACCUAUGUCAGCACCAAGGAGGCCCACCCGCUCAUGGCCUCGGUGUGUGAGGUCUAUGAGCGGGGCGUGCAGGGCGCUGGAGCCUUGGCCAUGUGGAGCGUGGAGCCCGUGGUGCGCAAGCUGGAGCCUCAGUUCACUGUGGCUAACAACCUGGCCUGCCGGGGCUUGGACCAUCUGGAGGAGAAGAUCCCUGCGCUCCAUUACCCUGUUGACAAGCUUGCAUCUGAACUGAAGGACACCAUCUCCACCCCGCUCCAAAGUGCUAAAAGCACCAUUGGCAACUCCAUGGAUAAGAUCGUUGAGCUGGCAGCAGAAGGCUAUGAGGCCACCAAGAGCACUGUAGAAACAACAGCAAAGUACGCAAGGAGGAACUCAGUGAGCCAGAUGGCAGCUGCAGGGGUCGACACGGCCCUGGGAGGGCUGGAGAAGCUGAUGGAGUACCUGCUGCCAGAGGAGGACGAAGUAGCAGAUCAGAAGCCCAAAGAGAAACGUGGGUCAGCAGUAAAGGUCUCACAGAAGCAGCCCAGUGCUCCUAGUGCUCCCAGCACUCCCAGUGCACCCAGCACUCCCAGUGCUCCCAGCACCCUGGGCCGGAUCGGUGCCUUGGUGAGCAGCAUCUCCUACCGCGCUUACCAGCAAACCGCCCAAGGCCUCCAGCGUGCCAAAGCCAAGGGGCAGGAGCUGGCCACCUGGGUCCCCAUCCUGGGCCACCUGGCCAAGCCAAGCACACCUGAGGCACCACGAGCCCAAGGUGAUGGGCAGAGCACUACGGGCGGCUGGCUGAGCCGGCGGCAGAGCAAGGCUCCGGAGCAGAGGCAGGAAAAAGCAGGGAAGAAAGACAACAACCACACCAAGGAGCAGGCAGGAGAUGGCCCCGGGCUGGUGGGCAGCGUGGCACACAACCUGCAAAGCGCCUGCGCCUCCGGCAUCUCCAGCGUGAAGAAGGUCCCGGCUGUGGCCUGGGAUGCGGCUGAAGGGUUGAUCCUCUUCACCCCUCGCAGGCUAUCUAAGGCCAUGGAGACAGUGGAUGCUCUUGGGGGGACCCUUGUCAGUGCUCCCAAGCAUCUGCUGGGCACCCUGUACAGCUAUGUGCCGCUCCGCAGGCAGUCAGUGAAGGGAGAAGAGGCAGCUGGGGGCAGCAAGCCCAGCCCAGAGCAGGAGGAAAAGGAGGAGGACACCAAGCCUACAGCCACCUCCACCGAGGAGAAAUCCCAGCCGAGGGGUGACUGGCGCAUGUACCGUGGCCAUCACCCCCUCUCCUUCCUGGGCCUCGAGGACCCCCUCUUCCUGCGGCACAACUUCUACCGCAGCCCGGCCUUCGAGCCCGAGUGCCCCUUCCCGCGGAAAUCCGCCUUCUCCCCCUACAACAGGCGGGUGAGCGAGGGCUCCUACCGCUUCAGCCCCGAGGCCAUGUACAGCCGGGCUUACUAUGGCAACCUCUACAGCCCUGUCUUCAAGAAGGACUGAGCUGGUGGGGAGGACAAGCACAUCCCGGCCUCCCUGUAACCCCCCCUAGCCAGCACGCUUUGCCUGGGCCCCCGCCAGCUGCCCACACUCACCCCUGCACUGGGACAGGAGCUCGAAGUGGUAGACAUGCCAUGGGAUGUCUUCUGGAGUAUAUCUGGGCCACAGUGGGGGAAUAAAAGUAACCAAAAGCCCAACUGGUGGCAGGAGAAGGUAGAGAGAGAUGGGACCAGAGGGAUCCAAAGAGGCGAAGGAGAUGCAUGAAGAGCAGUUAUACCAGGAAAGUGAGAAAGGGACCAGCAAGGCCUGGCACUGGGCUACCCCGGUCUCUGUUGAGCAGAUAGCACGGACUUAGAUGGGCUUACACAUUGAGAACAGCACUGAGACAGAGCAGGGAGGGCUGGACAACCAUCAAACAUCAACAUGGCAUCUCUGGUUCCCCAUCCUUCCUCAUACCAUCCCACCUCACAGGGACCAUCCCUAGUCACAGAGUGCUCCUCCAUGGAGGAGCUGAAGGUCCCCACCAACCAAGCAGGACUCAUGUCAGAAAGCCCUGGGCACCCACCCCCAGCUGAUGGUGGGAUGGAUGGUGGGCUCAGGAAGAAAACCAGUGAGACCAGAUGGAUCUCCUGGAGCCCCUCUGUCCUGCAGGACUGCCUGGCUUCCCGCAACAUCUUGUUGUAUCCUCUGCAAUAAUAAACCUUUCUGACCUGC